AUUAGAGAAAAAAAAUGCCUUCCACGUACACACACUCGCUCUCAGUAAUAGCGUAUGGUUGCCGCUAUCGUGCGCCUAUAAAGCUAUCGUUAUCAUAUUUUACUCCGCGACACCUCCACUCUCACCGCCGUCUCACUAUAUCUCAAUCGCCGCUUGUCUCCGCCCUCUCAGCGACCGCUUUUUUCCUUCGUUCUAGCCUCCCUAAUACUCACAUCUUCACGGGGAAUUCUCUCUUCUCACGCAUGGAGGUUCUGAGAUGGGGCUUCCUGUUACCUCUUACUUCAAUAUUGUUUUAUGUUUCUCAACAGCGAUUCUGGACUGGAAGUGGAAUCAAUACAAACAAAAAAAUGGUAGAGUAUUUGCAGAGUCAUGGAGUGAUUAGGUCGAAUAAAGUAGCCGAAGUAAUGGAAACUAUUGACAGGGCUUUGUUUGUGCCUGAGGAUGCCCCACCAUAUAUGGACAGUCCCGUGCAGAUAGGCUACAAUGCCACAAUUUCUGCACCUCAUAUGCAUGCUACAUGCCUCGAAUUGUUGGAAAACCAUUUGAAGCCUGGCAUGCAUUCUUUGGAUGUUGGCGCAGGAACGGGGUAUUUGACUGCAUGCUUUGCUAUCAUGGUUGGACCACAAGGUCGUGCAGUUGGGGUGGAACAUAUUCCUGAGUUGGUUGAAUCAUCUCUUCAAAAUAUCCAGAAGAGUGCAGCAGCUUCACUAUUGAAAGAAGGAUCCCUUGUGAUGCAUACUGGUGCUUGCAAAGUGAGGAUGUUCUUGCGGUCAACAGACAUGACAGUGGCUGUUUAUUCAUUGCUGCAUAUUUCUUCACCAUAUGGCAGGCUGGGCUGGCCUGAGUAUGCACCAUAUGAUGCUAUUCAUGUAGGAGCUGCGGCACCAGAAAUUCCCCAAGCACUGAUCGAUCAGUUGAAGCCUGGCGGCAGGUUGGUGAUCCCUGUGGGGAACAUUUUCCAGGACUUGCAGGUUGUGGAUAAGAACCCAGAUGGUUCACUAAGCAUUCGAAGUGAGACUUCUGUUCGUUAUGUACCAUUGACAAGUCGAGAUGCUCAAUUACGAGGUUAAGGGUUGUGGUAUUAGUUGGGUAGAUAUCCUGUGGUUCUGAACACGUAAUAAGGUUCUUGUUGUUCAUAUGCCUUCUACUUCAGUUUCUUGUAAAUCUUCAUUGCUUAUAACGUCGACCGUACAUUGCUUGCAAAUGACUCCUCUCAAAAAUAAAAUAUUUCAACUGUUCAUAGUUAUCA